CCGUAGAAGAAGAAGAAGCGGCCGUUGACGAGGUUCCUGUCACAGCGCAAAUGCGCAUCCAGCAGCCCGGAGCCGCGGAGCGAACGAACGGCUACAGCCUGGGAAACGACACUUUAGCCCGGAAAAGAAAACAGCGCGUCAGGGCGAAGAACGAAACCGAGGGCAAAGUCUGUGGCACGGCAGAGAACAUGGCGGGCGAACGCCGCAGUGGCAACCUGCUGGUCCAGCUCGGUCCGAAGCUGCAGGCGUAUCCUGAGGAGUUGAUCCGCCAGCGCCGCACCCACGACGGCCUGAUGGAGUAUCUGAUCCGCUGGUGCCUAGUCACCAUCGAUGAUGGCUCCAGCUCUGGAGGUGGGGCCGGUGAAGUGGGCGGGGCAGUCAGCGGCAGCGCUGGAGUGGGCGGGUCUGGCAGCUCCACCUCAGAAGCCAAAACGGAGAACAUCCUUAUGUGGAUGUCGACGGAGGACGUGUAUGCAAACUGUCCCACACUGCUGGGCAAAAGAAAGACGGAUGCACAGCGCCCCCUGCAGCCACAGGAGAAGCAGCAGGGCGGCGAGUCGGCAGAAGGAGGCCAGAGGAGCGGCGGUGACGAGUUCCCCACCGACGUCACCUUUGACGAGGUGGAGCUGUCGGACAUGAAGGAGGACGUGAAGAACCUGGUGCGGCGAGCGCGAAAGCAAAUGGCCAAGAAGAGCGACUUCUCCAUCAGUAUCACGCACACCAUCCACGUGCUGAGCGCCUACGCCAGCAUCGGCUCGCUGGUCGGCGUCUUUAAGGAGACGGGUGCACUCAACCUGCUGAUGGAGCUGCUGUGCAACAAGGAGACGCAGACGAGACGCAGUGCCGGGAAAAUGCUGCGCGCACUGGCCUCACAUGACGCAGGAAGCCGCGCCUACGUCCUUCUGUCCCUCAGUCAGCAGGACGGCAUCGAGCAGCACAUGGACUUUGACAACCGCUACACUCUGCUGGAGCUGUUUGCCGAGACCACGUCGUCCGAGGAGCACGGCAUCUCCUUUGAGGGCAUCCACCUGCCACAGAUUCCAGGAAAGCUGCUCUUCUCUCUGGUGAAGCGUUACCUGUGCGUCACGUCCCUGAUGGACAAACUCAACACGGGGGGGGCGGAGUUAAGCUCUGACAGACAGGACGGCAGCCCCUGCCCCACCUCCUCUGCCAACUCCGUCCACCAGGCAGAGCAUCUGCGUGUCCAGCGGGAGUUCGACUUCACCAUGGCGAUGGCCAACCUGAUCUCCGAGCUGGUUCGAGUGAUGGGCUGGGACCGCAACCGCCAGUCCCCCGAUAGCUCCGCCUACCGCCUGGGAGGGGGAGGGGCCUGUGCGGAGGAGCAGGUGGAAGAAGGGGCACGCCCCGUCCUCAGGUCCAUCUUCCAGCCUCGGUUUUGCGCCUCCUCCGUCGUCGUCCCCGUGACCUCUGCUGCUGCUGCCACUGCAGCGCCUGCCGCCUCUCCACCGAAGAAGAAGAUGGGAAAUGGGUUCAAAACUCGCCCAGACUUCAGCAGUCGCCCCGCCUAUGUGGAAUACAUCCAGGACAACCUGAAGUGCGGCAUGAUGGUCCGUAUGCUGGAGGACUAUGAGGAGGUGAGCGCAGGGGACACGGGAGAGUUUCGCUACAGCAACGAUGGAUCGCCACCGGUUCAG